AUGUUGGAUUACAAUUCGAAUUUGCAGAGUAGCUAUAAGGGUUUGGAUGAAACUGAUAGAUUAAGGCGAAAGCGAUCGAGGGGAGCUGUGAAUUCUGCAAUGGUUGUUGCUGCUAGUGAAAUGAUUGAGAAAGGCGGUAGUAUUGAGGCUAGCAGUAAGCAAUCUAGUGGUUCAUCAGUGAGCCAUCAGCGACGUUUAUGGGUGAAAGACAGGUCUAAGGAUUGGUGGGAUAAGUGUACUAGCCCUGAUUAUCCUCAGAGUGAGUUUAAGAGGUGGUUUAGGAUGGGAAAAGCAAUAUUUGAGUUGAUUUGUGAUGAGUUGAAGGUGGCUGUUGCCAAGGAGAAUACGAUGUUGAGGGCUGCUAUUCCGGUUGAUCAACGAGUUGCUGUGUGUAUAUAUAGGUUGGCAACAGGUGAGCCGCUUAGGUUGGUGUCUAAGAGAUUUGGUUUGGGGAUUUCAACUUGUCAUAAGAUUGUUCUUGAUGUUUGUGCUGCAAUUAGGUCCGUUUUGAUGCCCAAGUACCUGCAAUGGCCCGGUGAGGAUUCGUUGAGGCAGAUUAAGGAGGAAUUUGAAUCCAUUUCUGGCAUUCCUAAUGUGAUUAGUGUGGCUGCUUAUUUCAAUAAGCGCCACACUGAGCGAAAUCAGAAGACUUCGUACUCGACUACAGUUCAGGGUGUGGUUGAUCCUAGAGGGGUUUUCAACGACGUGUGCAAAGGAUGGCCUCGAUUAAUGUCUUUAAGGUGA